UCUUUGCGGUCGUAUGGCUGGAAAUAUUGCAUUUUCAAAGGCGUAUUCUGUUUACCUUAUAUAUUUUGUGAUUUUCACGCUAGCUUUUGUGGGGAUUGGAGGUUCCAUUUGUUGUUGAAGUGAAAGACCACCAUCAAUCCCGAUCAGCCCUUGCGUGCCAAGAAACCUUUUGUUAAGAGCCUUUCAAGUUCUCUCCUCGUCUGUUUCUUCCCGCUAUGCAUUAUAUAUGAGUUUUCAAAUUCUAUCAAUCAUUUUCAACACCUUUACCUACAAUUUUGCAGCAGAAUUAAGAUCGUCCUUUCGCAUUGGUGCCUUUUCUCCGCAUAAUUAUUAUUCUAGCGUGACUCUGGUGUUUAACCGCCCGGUCUGAUCUUAGGUUGAUCAUCGUCUUGUUUUCGGACUUUGCGAGAGCAAGUUGAAGAGAUCGUUUCGACUGAUCAGACUCAACGACUGGGACGAAACUACGCAUCUCCUUUGGAAAUUGAAAUACCGACAAAAUGCUGGCUCAGACAAUUACUCAACAGUCUCUUCGGCGGAUGGCCAUACAGCGCCCUCUUGCCAUGCCCAUGGCCAAAUUUGCUAGCCCAGCCGCCAUCGCCACCAACAGCCAGCUCAUGCAGACGAGACCGGUUGCUACGCGAAACAUAAAGCCUGAAGAAGGCUACAAGAUACUCGUCGAGCAACGCAAGAAUCGCCCCGUCGCCCCACAUCUUACCAUCUACAAACCUCAAAUGACCUCUAUCGGCUCUGGUCUCACUCGUAUCACUGGCGCUGUCCUUAGUGGUGGUUUUUAUAUUUUUGGCGCUGCUUAUCUUGCUGCUCCCUUGGUGGGCUGGCACCUCGAGUCUGCCAGCCUUGCUGCGGCAUUUGGCUCUCUUCCCGUCAUUGCAAAGGUCCUGAUCAAAAGCGUUGCGGCCUUCCCUUUCACUUAUCAUUGUAUCAAUGGGGUUCGACACUUGAUAUGGGAUAUGGGCAAGUCGUUCACCAACCGGCAGAUUCAGAUUGGCGGCUGGGCUGCCUUUGGUCUUUCCGGAAUCAGCGCGGUUUAUCUGGCACUUGCGUGGUAAAGGAGCAAUGACUCAUUGCCGGACAGUGCCUGUUGGAAGAUCAUUGCAGUAGUUGAAAGGCUCAGCCGACCCACGGUUCGAUUGGGUCAACAUGUUACUACAGAUGCUCACACCGUUCACAAUCAGGGGUUCAGCACCUUGGAUAUAGCUCAAAACAGAUUUUAUUGGUUCAAUUGACAUUUGUUCUUCGAUAGCGGCAUUCGGCUAGCUAACAAGAAUAUAAAUCAAUUGACGAUCACAGCGGAGCCUGCGUUGGGCUUAUUAUAUAACGUAAGGAACCGCAAAGUGUGUUUACUAGUUGUACUGAUUCGCUGCUGGCUGAUAGAUCGGCACCUGGGCAAACUAAGUAGUCGAUAUGUGGCAGGUCUAAGAUGUUUGCUUGGAGAUAUAUAUAUAUAUAUAUAUAUAUAUAUAUUGUACAGACUAGUAUCUGGAUGAUGUACUCGAAUUAUGUUGAUGAGGACAGGAU